UACCGUUGGUUUUUGCGCCAUUUUUCCUGAAAACAAGUAAACAUGUUUUCAAUAGCUUUUUAACUACCUAAUCGGGGUAAUCAGUCGAUAUAAAUGUAGUAGCUAAGAUGGCGAUACCUAAGCUGGACUUGGAGUUGUAUGAGGGCAACAUCUUAGAUUUCUGUUGGAAAGCGGGCGGCACUAGGACAACGGCUUUUGACCAAUUCGAUCGGAAUGAGAUCGCCGCAGUGAAUAUAGUCGCUUGUUGUAAGGAAAUAACUGAUUUAAUAGAGGAAAACUCAUCGACAAUACGCCGAUCGAAUGUUUUGGCAACAAUAAGGAAGCAAAAUGUCACUUACAAGGACAUUUCACGCUUGGCAUACGGAGUCACCGAUAUCUACAGAUGUCAGGUGAACAUACUUUUAGGAGAUACCCAACAUUUGCUGGAUCAAAUGAAACGUACCAACUUGGACUUUGUUCUCACAACCACCAAGUCUGUAGUGGUCAAGGAAUCGGCGAUCCGAGUCAAUCGCAAACGGAAGUGCUUGAUUACCAACAACACCAAAGUGACCGUCUCUAAACGUCCCAGAUUGAAGGAGUCAGAACUUUUGAAUAAAACUGUUCAGGAGUACUACGCAAAUAUGCUUUCUGAAUGUCAGCUAUGGCAGUCAGAGUCCACACACCAGGUGGUAAAGGAAUUACAAGAUUCUAUUGAACUGCCUCGAAGCUCUACGCACUCAAAUUCAUAUCAUGCCUUCACUAUCACCGAAGAGAUACAAAUUCACGAGGAUCAGAGCGUUAUCAUUUCAUCUGAAGGUUUUGGCGAUGGUAAUGAGUUGGAUUUAACCAUUUUUGAAGAACUCUACCCCAACAAAUCAACAAGGCAAUUCUUAAAGCGGCCCUCAACAACCCUGGAUCCAACUGACAUUUUACCAGAUAAAAUGCCAAGAUUGGAUGAAUUGAAUAUUUUUCAAGCUGACAAUGCUAAUAUGACCCAAAUCUAUCUGAAUAACGUUGAACCAGUGUGUACACCAUCGUUGAUGUCGUCUUUUUAUCCUCCGGUUGAUAUUUCAUUUAGACAGCCAAAGAAUCCUCGUAAAAGAAAACUAAUAAUAGACAAACAUAUCCAAUAUUCACAAGAGCAACUGAUUCAGCACAGAAGCAAGUAUAUAAAUAAGCUUAAGAACAGAGUUGUUUUUGUGCAAAAGGCAUCCGAACUACUCAAAACACCGAAUGAAAUUUUGUGUAAACUAAAUAAGAAUAUAAUUGUUUCAAAUAUUAUUAAUCAUACCGGCUUUAAUUUAUCAAAUGAAGAAAUGGAAUACGAAUCUGAAAUUACCUUGAAAUCCAUAUUUGGCCACGAAUUUACGGAAAACAUAGCUAAGGAGAUUUUUGUUCAGGCACGAAACAUAGAACAAUCAAGAAAUCAGGAUGUGUAUGAUGUCCACCCCGUGCCGCUUGACCUGCAAGACAUUUUAUCAACUCUUUUACUUCCUGAAGACGUUAAUAAACAAAGCAAUAAUAACAUUUUCUUCAAAAAAAGUAUUGACAGGGACAAUAAUAAUUUUGAUACCCACAGUGUAAUGAUGGACCUCCUAAAUCGUUGGCGUAAUAAUCCAAAGAUCUUGGGAAUCAAUGCCCAAGAUUUUAUCAAAUCGUUUGAAGAUCGCAUCAAAGCUUCGCUAGCUUUCUGUUGUUUGUUAUAUCUAGUUCGGGAUCAUUUUAUUGAGAUCUCAAAACAGGCUAAUUCCAUUGAAAUGGAUCAAAUUACGCUGGGUAAAGAGUCAAUUAAGCUUAUAGAAAAUUUAACCCAGAGCGAGACUUUCUAAAUGUUUGAAAGUCUAUAAAAAAUUGUUUUUUUGGUCAUCACCAUAACUUUGUAAUUGUUGGAUGGGCAAUGAUUUCCACAGGUUUUUGCAUUGUUCCCAUCAAAAAUAGUAAGUUUUUUUUACAUUAUCGUAGCUAUAACUUAAUCAAUUUUCUAAGCCAACAAUUUUUGUCUGUAAAAAAUAGACUUAUCGAUAUGUCGUUAUUGUUAAAA